AUGACAAAUGAACUGUCUUCCUCACAAAUUGCAGAAGAGCCUCUGCCCCCUUCAUAUAUCCUGCAAGGAGACGACAUCCAGGCACUUGCAAUUAAGGUGGAAGACCUUGAGAAACUCCAUGCUCCACACCCUCCCCAUGAUGCUGGGAGAAUUCCAGUUAGGAAGGAAUACCUUGUUCGAAAAUAUCGACCCAAAGAGACGAAGGCGGCAGCAGAUCUCCUUGUAGCAUAUCCCGCUUUCCCAAAGGCACCCAGGGAACCACUGACUUUUUCUGGUAGGGUUAAACUUCACACCUAUCUUUGGGUUUUGGUUUUGCUAAGCCUAGCUUUAGUGACCUGGCUCUGGAGUUGGGUUUUUUGUGUGUGCGUUAUAGGACCAGGACAGUUUGGUGAUGACUGUAAAAAGAUUCUCCCCCAUCACAUUUUGGGAAGUCUCCAGGAAUUCAAGGAGGAAGCCUUGGCCAGAGGAAACACUCAGAUAGGAGAUCUUAUUGAGGUUUCUCAUCAAGAUGUUACUGCAGCAGCUUUAAAGAAGGAACAUGGAGGAGAGAAGAAGGUUCAUCAGCCCCCACCAGCAGAGCACAAAGCUCUCCAGAACUGGCACCAUCAUAUGACAAUCAGGAAAAAGCAGGAGAAAUAUCUAGGAGAAAUUCUUCAGAGGCCCGAGAAUGAAUUGCUGAUGAACACCUCAGAGGAUUACAGGCAAAUCCAGGAAGAACGUGACCUUAUUGACCGGUAUCUCCCUGCCCUGCUUCCUGGAAAGGGCUGCCGAAGAGGAAGCGAGUUCUGGAGUCAGCCCGAGCAUAUUGGAGAUGAAGUCACCGGCCUGACGAUGACACUGACUCAGAGAGAACGUGGCUACCCAGAGCCAGUCACUCAUGUGGGGAAACCCCGCAGCGUCCAGAUGGAAACGGGUCUGAAGCCUCCAAAGAGGAUCCCUUUCCAUCUAACCUGGCAUGAGAGUCUUUUCGUGAAAGAGCGACGACAUGAGCUAAAAUCUAUCCUAGAGGAGCUAGAUUUUUAUAAGCCGGAUCUGGAUGGACUGGAGGUGAUCGGUAAAGGGCAGCCUUUCACAUCUGUCUCAACAGAGCCUUUUCCAUGUUCCACCCCUUCUGAAGAGUCUGAGACCCUCGGUGACCCCUUAAGGGACUACCCCAAUGCGGUUCCAGAAGCAGUAGUGGGUCCAUCUUUAGAUUUCUGUGGCCAGCCUGCUCGUUGGAUCAAUGGCACCACUUCUCACAGGGAUGAAAUUGGUAUUGCUGCCCGGCUCACCUUUGAGACUUUGGUUGGUGAGAAAGCUGAAAGCUCCCUGAUGGUGAGCAAUGAUGGCACAACUGCCGUCUGGUAUGACUGGAUGAGGCUUCCCCAGAAGAUUCCCUCCAGAGAAACUAAGGGGAUAAGGAUGCCGCGUUUUUACUUUGAUACCAGAUCAGGUGUAAUGUUGCCUGGGGAAACAAGGAAGUUUUCCUUUAUUUUCAAGUCAGAAAGUGCAGGCAUUUUCAGUGAGUCCUGGGAAUUUAGGACACAUCCUCUGUUAUUAGGAGGAGCUCUGCUGCAGGUGACCCUUUGGGGAAUUGCUGUGUAUGAGGAUAUAUUUGCUGACCUCACAGAGAAACCAGAGAUUGACCUGGCUGCUCGAGAAGGUGCUGCUAUAGUAGAAGAGUAUCUGGAGAAACAUCUUGUCCCACGAUGUCCUGUUCAGACCCCAGAGCGCCCCCCGUCUCCUGCCUGUGUCACAGAGGAAGAGCUGUUCCACCGGAAGAAUCCCGAGUUCCAUUAUCAGUAUCAAGUGGUAAAGCGGCUGCAUGACCUAUGGAGACGGUACAUGACUGUUCCUUCAGCCUCUGGGGAGAAAGUGCCCUCGGGGCAGAAGAGCACUGUGGAGGACAGUCAGCACCAGGAGAGUACCUCGGAGGCUCUCCCUGCUCAGAGCAGCACCACAGAAGUCCCAGGCGUGAAGAACGCUCUCGAGGAGGCAUCCUUAGGAUGGAACCUCUCCUUGGAUGACUUUAAGCAGGCUAUAAAGUCGAUUCCCAAGGAGGAGCAGCGAGAAGAAGCACUGGCCCAGCUCAAUAAGGCAGCACUGGAGCUGCGUGUUAAACAGAGACCAACUCAGACAGACCUUUUGUAUCAAAUCUGUCUCCAGCUGUGGCGUGAAACAAUUGAUGAUCUGGUGAGUCACUCUGUGAGGCUGAGAUCCCUGCUUGGCUUGCCUGAGAAGAACACCAUCUAUAUAGAUGCUGUUCCAGAGGAAAAAGUGGAAGUACAGCAACCUAUAAAAGGAGGAAAGGAAGACAGAAUAACCACUAGGAAAGAAGAGAGAAGGUCAUUUGGUGGUAAAGAUAAAGAAGGCAAAAAAAGAACAACAAAGACAGCAACAAGUGCUGGGGAGGAACGUCCAAGCAGCAGAAAGUUAAAAGAGGAGACAAAGCUGAAACCUUCCACGUCACUGCAGGAGGUGAAAGAGGAAGCACAGCCCCUGGAAGCUCUAACUACAGAGGGAGUAGAACCUCCUCAGGAGCAGGUGGACCCUGUUUUGUAUCGGACAUACCAGGAAAAAAUUUAUGUCGAAGUUUACGGGCUGCUGAAUUCAAUGGUGAGCAAAAUGGUUGCUUUAUUUGAGGACCUAGAGAAAGAAGAUGCUCUAAAGUGGGAGAGUAAAGCCCUUUGUGACUAG